UUAGUUUGUGUUACUGAAACGAUAGCGAUUGUAUUGGAGGCCUAUUUUCAGUGUUGAUGACAGCUGCCUCAUCGCACACGUAAAUAAUCAAACAAAUUGGUUUGAAAAUAGCAAAAAGAAAAGAAAAAAAAAGAAGAAGAUCUAUGCCAUUACAUACACGCUGGAUAAGUAUUGCAACACUGUUACUCUAUGGGGUAGUUGUAUUAUAGCUGAGUUGUCGUGAAAUUACACGGGCACUUUUGUCAAGGCAUGUUCGGACUUGCCCGACCAAUUGCUGCAGAGCGGCGGUUUUUAGAACUAUCCUACAGGAUCGCGUUGUAAAUACUAGGAUACUGUCAUUGACGUUACUGGACAAAGUCAGAGGAUAUGUACAUUUUACAUGUUGAUGUAGGAUAUGAUAUACAUGAAGUCUAUUAGUGGAAUAUUGUGAAAUGUAAAGACUGUGCUGGAUCUAUUUGUUUGUUGAGGAGUCCGAGUGACCAGGUAUGUGACAGGGGGACUCUUGGGCCACAACAAGAACAUUUAGUUUGACUGACUUGUCCAAUGAUCUCUGUUGCAUGAGUUGCACCUUAUUGGGAGUGAGGUGUAGUUUAGUCACCCCCUGAGCAUAGUGUCUUACAGUGAGGAAGAUGUCAGCUGAAACUGUCGUGUUGAGUCCUGCACUGCGUUGACCACCUGCUCACUCUGUUGUUUUCCUGCACUUGUUCUUGUGAAUGAUGGCUGGUGGUGGUACAUAUUUCUCCAGUGAGAGUGAUGAGUAUUAUCUCCCCUCCAGCAGGCAGAGGCGCCACCCCCAUGACAUGGGCGACACGGAUCCCCGGGUGCAGGAGCUCACUGCCAAUCUGCAGGACACAACACGUAACCUGCGAUCUCUUGACCGGAUGUUGGACAACUACAGGAGUGUGGGGGAUGAGAGGAGGUCUGCUGUGGACAGGUUGAGAGUUGACCUGGACCGGACACAUGAGGAUAUCCGUGAGGAGAGGUACCGAGAGGCACUGUCUGAGAGAGAUUAUGGGAGUGAUAAUGAUUCUCCAAGUUCUAACACCAAGAGAAAAAGAAAAGCAUCAGUACGAUUUGCAGAUGAUAUGAACAGAGAGUUGCAUGGGAUUCAUCAGUCUGUCCGUGACCUGUCCUCAGAGCAGCUGAAGCUAGAGGAAAGUUUUAACAGAGAGAUGGAGAGGAGAGACAGAUAUGAUAUUGACACAAAGCAUUCAUUACGGGAUAUAACGGAGAGCAUGAAGAAGAUGACUCCAACUGAUUCAAUUGACAACAGAGUGGAGCGCCGCCUGCUGCAGAUACAGAAUGAGCUGCGCACAGACAGAAUGGCUUCAGAGAGGCAUGAUGAUUUGGGGACACUCUCGUCGGAACUGAGAAAUGCUGUACAACAACAGCAGCAGUUGCCCAUGCUCAUUGAUGAAAGAAUACGGAGCCAGUACCUCCAUGCUGAAACCCAGAAACACAAGAUUGAGUCUGAACUAGAUGUUGUAAAGCGUCGACUUGACCAGAGUGAAGGUAGUCGUACAGCUCUGCAACAACAGGUAGAGGAUCUAAGGUCACAGCUAAUGAGAGCAGACCAGGAGCGAACUCGCUUCAAGAUGAAAAUGGAGGAAGCUCGCCUGGAAGAUGAGAUACGAGACAAGAGGAAGCGGAGGACUAUGGAUGAAGAUGAUGGUAGACGAGGGGUUGAAAGAGAGAUUCAAGAGUUGAGGGGCCAACUUGCCCGGUCAGUAGGAGCUAUCACAGAGUUAGAUGAACUGAGACGAGCUGUAGAGAAGAGUGAGCGGCAGAGAGCACAGUUGUCCGACCAUAUUGAGACAUUGACAAAGGAUCUAGAGAACCGUGAAAAGCAGAAUGCCAAGCUGAUCACUGAGUUAAAGGCAACAGGAGACCGCCUUGAUGACACCGAGAGACACAGGUUACUGAUAAAUACCCAGCUGGAGGAUGUUGUGCAGAGACUACGUGACACCUCACGAGAGCUGGAAAAGACAUCAAAUGAGUUGAAGAACACCCAACUCUCACUCCAUGAAAGUGAGAAGAAGAAGGAUGAGUUCAAGACACGGGCCCAGGACACAGUCAGACAAUGGAAGAUGAAGGUAAAGCAACUGGAGCGUGACCUGGACCGACAGAAGCAUGCAUGGAAGCAGAUGAUGCAGCGCAAUGAGCAGCUGGUGAAGGACAUGGAGGGGAGCAGGCAUCAGUCCAGUAACACAGUCAUACACAUGGAGAGUCUCAAGAGGGAGCUCGGAGACGCCUUGGCUGUGAGGGCGGCACAGGAUGAGCAGAUUCGUCUCAAGGACAUCGAGGUGAAUGAGCUGAAGUCUCUGCGCAUUGACCUUGAGAAGGAGCUACGAGAUCUGCGCACAGUCGCCGACAGGAUGGAAAAUGAGCUGCAUUCCCUGAGGUCAAGGUCAGCUGAUGUUUCAUCUGACCGACAUCGAUUGGAGGACAAACUAUCAGCUGUAGAAGCAGCUCAUCUCCUUGCCCAGGAUCAGGCCAACCAGCUCCAGAUUGAGCUGAAGGAGCUGAGUACUGUGAAAGCUGACCUGGCAGGGCAGCAUGCUCAGGCUACAGCUAAAGUCCAUGACUUGAAGCAGAAGGUAGUUGAGUUGCAGCACCGAGAGAAGGCUGCCAAGGAGGAGGGUGAGCUAUACAAAAGGCAGCUCUUUCAGGAGAGAUCAGGCCACCAGCAUGGGAUGGAGUCCAUCAAGAUUGAGCUCAACGAAGCCAAGGUCAGAGAAGCACAUACCAUGCAUGAGGUGUCACGACGGUUCAAGCGGGAUCAUGUAGAAUAUGAAGCCACAAUACAAGCACUCAAGUUGGAGUUAUCAGAGGAGAAAUCUGCCUGUAAGAUUGCCAAGAGAAAUGAAGACAAAUGGAAACAGGAGGUUGACAGACUUACAGCACAGCUCACAAAGUAUGAGGAAGAUAAUGCCAAGCUCAUUCACAGACUGGAGCUUGUCAAACAAGAAUUUGAAACUCAGACACAUCUGGCUGAGGAUGACAUAAGCAGAGUACGGCGUCUUGAUGAUCAACUGGUGGCAGCUCAAGCAGAACUGAAAAGACUGGAGGAUCAACAGACACAUAUUGUCCAGGAGAUGGCACUUGAAGUGGAGGCAGUGUUGGAGGCAGGAAAACUGGAUGCAGUGUCCAAGUACCAGCCCAUCAAUGGUUUGACAAAAGGAGCAAAGACUAUCAUGUACCUGGUCACAGAGAUGAAGGGCAAACUCAAGUGGAUGCGUAUGGAGCUGCGAGACAGGAUCCUGAGGGAGCAGCGGCUACGGCAGGAGUUCAGACAAGCUCUCACUUCUACUGAUAUGGACAGGAAGUUCCUGUUGGCAGAGCUGGCCAAACGAGAUGAAGAACUGGAUGACAUAGCAGCUGCCAAACAAGAGCUAGCCUUCAAAGAGGUAGAAAGCAAGAAUGCUGUUGAAUCCCUGGAGGUGAGGUCAACAAUCUUGUUCCAGGAGCACAUUCUGGACCUGGCAGAUGAACUUCAUCUUCAGAAGGUGAAGCAGGUAGAACAAGAGCUGACGUUUGAGCGGGAGAAGCAGUACAUCAUAGAAGACAUGGAGGAGAUCAUGGGUGGUCAACAGGAGCGGGACCUGAUAGAAAAAAGAUAUAACAGACUCCGUGAGACAAUGAGGUCCCUCCAUGAAGAUAUCAAGUCUACAGGCUGCUCUUCCUACCAGAGUGGUAACCUCAGGCCGACAUCCAUCUUGAGGUCUUCAACACCCACUGGAUCACCCAAGAAAAAGAAUCAUGUUCGCAUCCUUGACAGUCCUCCUACAUUAGACCGUCCUUUAAGAUCUAGAUCACCCUCAAGGUCACGCUCAAGGUCAUCAUCAAGGUCACCCCGAAGAUCAACUUCCCGGUCACCUCAUAGGUCUUCAUCUCGCUCCCCAAUACCCACAUUGGCUGGCCAAGUCGGUAAGACACCCCCACCUUUGUCUAUGUCUGAUGAAGAAUUCAGAAAAUGUUUUCUGCCACAAACCCCUAAGAAUAACGAUCACUGUAAUGAUAUGAAGACGUAACAAGAUCCAGUAUGUAUACCUCAUAAUCCCUCCAGCCAGCAUAAUGUACAGAAACUGCCGUGUGUGCUUCAUUAGACACAGGCAGAGAUACCUGUCGUACAUACGAGCAUAUUUAUCUACCUGGUUAUAUACAGCUCUGAGAAUGAAGGUCUAGUUUUAUGAGAUCUAUUAUUCUGGUCAGUACUGUUUUUAUUACCCAUCAUGUUUCAUGACACCCUGAUGAAGAGUGAGCUCAACAUCUUUUGUUCAGUAUCUUUUAGCCCUAAGUCAAAUGCCAUGCUAUUUAAUAUUCAUUAUCAUAUUAUUUUAAUAUCAUUUAAAGUUUCUAAUAAUGGCUGAAGUCAAAAGGUUUUCUUUUAUUGAAGAAAUAUUUAAUGAAAUUGAUGUAAAACAAGGAAUGGUAUAAAGUAUAAUGUUUUGAGGUGUUUUUGUUAUUGCAACUUCAUUGUUUUAGCUUCUGUUUCAGUACAUAAGAGGAAGUGACAGUGACAAGUUUUGUAAACUGUAACAAUACUAAACACUUGUGAUGUGCAGGUGAUCUGCGCCCUGGCCCAGCUGCCUCUACACCUGCAGGUGCCACGCCUUAGUCUGUGAUGUGCUGUACUUUUAGCAGUAUUAUUUUAUUAUUUAUUAUGUAUAUACAUCUAGAACAUUCCAUUUAGAAGAACUUAUUUAUACACUUAUUUAUUGUUUAUAUAUAUAUAUACACAGUGUUAUGUGAUUUUAUGUACACUGAGUAGUUUUGCUAAAACAAUGUGAAUGAUUGAUUGCAUGUGGACAAUUCAGGACAGGUUGAUUGUUAUUGAUGCUGCCAGCAGUACAGUUCUGUGUCAUAUAUAUUGACACUAAGCAUCAUAUAGAUUGUCUGUGUCUUGACCUCCGCUUUGCUUCAUCACUUGGAUAUUUCUUACCUUAAGGUCAGGUGCUUGCAUUGAGCUCCAGUAGUUUCUGUUAAGAUGGUGUAUCUGAGAUACCACCCACCAUGUCCUUACAUAAGUCACUCUUUACUGUAUCUUGCCACUCAAGAUAUUAUUGCAUUGUGUUAAUAACUUGAAAGCGGUGACGUGAAGCAUGUGAUACACUGUGCUAAGACUGUUAGCUGUGUAACAAGUCUAAAGCAAGCCUGUGUGAGGAACUGCCACUGCUGUGAUCAGAUACCAUUACCCAACCAGUGGUUGGGAACCAUUGUUUAGAUGUCGGGUGUUGCUACUUGAAGCAAUAGAGGGCAGCACAUUCUAUCACACCAGUAUUAACCUUCCUGCAGCUACAGUGAUACCUCCAAGUGAAAUAGGAAGUGGAAAGUCAAACUGUGAAGUCAUGUUUCUUUCACAUUCAAUGAAACUUAAUUUGUCUAAGUUUUCCUUAAACUGGCAGUUGAUUCUCAAGCACACAUAUUGCAAUAUCGACAAGCCCUUAUGUUUGAUGAACUCACUACUUCCUAAACUUUGGGAUAACUUUCUGUGUGUCAGUUGCUGAUUACAUGGUGUCUGUAAUUGGACAAUUAAUUAAUACAGUUGUAUAUUACACUGAUGUUAAGUAGGCUUCAGGAAAGUAAGAUAAUAUGCUGUGUUAUGCAAAUAUGAUAAUAUCAAAACUAUAUUUCAGUAAAAUAUUCAAAUGGUGUCAUGAGAUACAACAGAAAUGUUUCAGUGAUGUCAUGAGAUACUUUUUGUCAUGUCAUAUAAGGUAAUACAUAAAUAUAUGUCAUUGAUGUCAUAGAAGUUUAAUCAGUACUGUGUUUCAGUGAUGCCAUAUGAUGUUUCACAGAAAUAUAUUUCAGUGAUGCCAUGUAAGACUCUGCACUACCAUGUGUCAGUGAUGUGAUCUUUGAUAAAACAGAAAUAUGUUUCAGUGAUGCCAUGUAAGAUUCUACAGUACUAUGUGUCAGUGAUGUCAUCUUUGAUAAAACAAAUAUAUCUCAGAAAUGUCAAGUAAAAAAAUACUGCAUUUCCACGUGUCAGUGUUGUCAUCUUAGAUAAAACAGAAAUAUAUUUCAGUGAUGUCAUCUUGGAUAAAACAGAAACAUGUUUCAGUGAUGUCAUGUAAGAUACUGCAGUACCAUGUGUCAGUGAUGUCAUCUUGGAUAAAACAGAAAUGUAUUUCAGUGAUGUCAUGUAAGAUACUGCAGUACCAUGUGUCAGCGAUGUCAUCUUGGAUAAAACAGAAACAUAUUUCAGUGAUGUCAUGUAAGAUACUGCACUACCAUGUGUCAGUGAUGUCAUCUUGGAUAAAACAGAAACAUAUUUCAGUGAUGUCAUCUUGGAUAAAACAGAAACAUAUUUCAGUGAUGUCAUCUUGGAUAAAACAGAAAUAUAUUUCAGAAGUGUCCUAUAAGAGUAUACAUUAGUACAUCUCAGUCAUGUCUUGUAAGAGCAGAAAUGUAUACUGAUGUUAUGCAGAAGCCUUAUGUAAAUGAAUAUACUGGCGUCAUUUAGGUUAUUGUAUUGAUGUAUUGUAAUAUUAAUUGAUGCAAGCUACAGCAUUUCUGUAAUAUAUUGCCCUGGUGAUGAAUGUGAAGGUACUUAUACUAUCAUUAUGUUCUUCUCCAUACACUUCACAACUGUACAGUGUGCCACCUGAAGACAAAUCUAAUGUACAUGUAGAAGCCUGCAGUGGCCAGAGGAAGAUUCUCCUGCAGAAGGAAAACAGCAGAUGUGUCCCUGUGCCAGACAUAAAGGUCCUUGUCAUGUAUGAAUAUGAAAUAAAAUAUAUCUUUUGUAUUA